UUUUUACUUCUCAAUAUAAUAAUAACAAUUUAUAAGUAUUGCAAACUGUUGUUUGGAUAAUGCUAUUUUCAUUGUUUCAUCUAAUGAGUUAGUAACCAAACCAGAAGAUGAGGCAAAGAAGGGAAGAGUCCCAUUUUAUUUGAAAAUCUUUGUUUUAUUCAAAGAGAGAUAUUGAAUGAAUGACUUCCACUUAUACAACCUUUGUUUUGUGCAAUAUUUUGCAGUUAAGCUAUUUAAUUAGGCAACACAUUUUCACCCUUUUGCUGCCAGUCUUCCAAGUUUCAACUGUUCCACCCUUUUGUUGUCACUUGGAUAAUAUAUAAAUCAUUCAAAAAUUAUCAUAAUUGUUAUCUGUUGUUACCUAUAACUGAUCUUUAUCCCUAUGAUUAGUGAUAAAUACUUGAAGGUUUCUUAUUUUAGAAUUGAAGGAUUUGGUGUCUUAAAAUAGAAGAACGGCGCAAAACAUGGUGACCCUCUGGUCCACUAUUUGGAAGACAAAAGAUCCACAGGAUCAACAUCAAACCCUCUCUGUCUGCUUCAUUACCUAAAACAAGACAAAACAUAUGGCGAAGACCAGAGCGGAUGCUCCGGUGGGAGAGAUUGACACUCGUCCUCCCUUCCAAUCCGUUAGAGACGCCGUUAGUUUAUUCCGUCAAGUUAGCUUCUCUAAGCAACAACAACAACAACCGCGUCUCUCCUCCUCCUCCUCAUCUCAGGAUGCAACGGAGGUGUCUGAGAAAGAGACGCAGCUUCUGUUAGCAGAACAAGAAAUGAACAGAGUCCAGCUCUGUCUCGAUACCUCUGUCAAAGCCAAAGCAAAAGCUCUCUCUGAUCUCGACUCUGCUCAACGAAACGCCUCUGAUCUGAGGGCUAAACUAGAAGCCACAAAACAAUCCAAAAACUCUGCCAUCUUAACCAAACACAAAAUGAACCACCGGUUAGAGCAGCUUCAAUCUCAAAACCAAGAAACAGAGAUCGCCAGAGAGAGCUACAUUUUAGCCGCCGCAGAGCUACUCGUGGCGAGGCAAAAGAUGGCGGAGAUAGAACAAGAGUUCAGCAUUUCCGUGGAAGAGAAGCUAGCAGAGCUUCAAAGGGCAGAGGAAGCAGAGUGCGCAUCGACGGUUAACUCCCAAAAGAUCAGAGACAUGACACGUGAGAUAUCCGAGAUGCGUGACGCUGCUGAGAGGUUGAAGUCAGGUGCUGAUAGGAUGAAAGAGGAAGAGGAAAAGAUCAACGAGGAGAGAGUGGACAUGGGAGAAACUUACGGGGAUAUGAAACGAGAGGCAGAGCAGAGGCUGGAGGAUCUGAGACGAGGUUGUGACACUGAGCUGAGGAAAGAUAUAGAUGAGCUUAUAGAGAUAUCUGCGGCGAACGAGCUUUUAAAAGAGGAGAUCAAACUUGCUAGGGAGCUCAAAGAGGCCAAGAACGGGAUGGAUGAGGUUUUUCAUGAAGAAAGAUCAUACAAAAGCUUGGUGGGGUCUCUCACGGUGGAGUUGGAUGGUGUGCAGAGAGAGAACAGAGAUCUGAAGGAAAAGGAAAAAGAGAGAGAAGUAGAAUGGGUUGAAGCGAGUCGUAAGAUCGACCAAAUCAUGCGUGAAGCAGAGAGGAGAAGACAAGAAGCGGAAGAGGUGAGGAUGCACGUCGAUGAACUGAGGAGAGAAACAGAAGGAAGGCGUAGAGUGAUGUGUGAAGCAGUGAAGCAGCUGGAGAUAGUUGGAAGAGCCGUGGCGAAGGCGAAAACGGCGGAGAAGAGAGCUGUGGAAGAUAUGAGAGUGCUUACUGAUAAGAAGGAGAGUUUGACUCACGAUGAGCCUGAUAAGAAGAUUAGAAUAUCAUUGAAAGAGUACGAGGAGUUGAGAGGGAAGCAUGAAGAGUCAGAGAGAAUGGUUGAGUACAAGGCCAAAACGGUUGCUGCUCAGCUUGAAGAGAUCAACGAGAGCAGAGUAGAAGGGGAGGUGAUGUUGGAGGAGAAGAUGAAAGAGAUGGAAGAGGUAGAGUUGGCUAUUGAUGAUGCGUUGAGAAACGCAGAGAUUGCAGAGGAAGCACACUGCAUCGUUGAUGCUGAACUUAGAAAAUGGAAGCCGCAAGAGUUGUAGUAGAUGUUAUUGAUGUUUAGGUGAUUAGAGUACUAGAAUAUGUCCAUAUAUGUGUUUUGGGAUAAACUGAUAAUUACUUAGAGUUGUUCAUUAGUGCAUUAACACUGUAACAAGACUUGAAAGAUAGAUUUUCAAGGGCAUCUCUGUGUUUCUUCACGUUAGAAUGUGGAACUGGACAUUAUACCAUAAUGGAGAACCAAAUGCAUACAUGAUACAACCGUCAUUUCUCAGUUAAUUGUUUUUUUUUGUCAUCUGUUCAUUUCUCACUUUCAGAUUCCAUUUUGCAUAGUUUGAACGUAAACAUUUAGAAAAGGUUUAAAUGGGAUUUAAACCAU